AUGAGGGUUGGGCGCAAGGCUGCAGCUUCCUGGCGCAUCUUGCUGUCUGUCCUUACCUGGACAGCAGCUGUCCAUGCAAAGGACGAACCUACGAUUAAGGUCACCACAACGAAGCACCCGCCCAUUAAUCUCAAUUAUUUCGAAGACUCCGACGUCAUACUCUACCACGAUGUCUCCGAACGUAAUAUUUACCGAACAGAAGAUGCGGGCGUCACAUGGAACAAGAUCAAGGACAUUCCUGACGACAAGGUGGCCCUGUUCACGAUGCAUGAAUUCGACAAGAAUCGAGCAUAUGUGAUUACAGAAGGCAAAGAACACUAUAAAACCACCGACAGAGGCAAGACGUGGGAAAAGUUCGACAGCGUUGUGGACACUAGUUACUUCCAAGGCGCGGACAUCCUUCAUUUUCAUGCCAGCGAUCCCGACCGUGUCAUUUUUGGUGGCAUGGAGUGCGCUGGCAUCUUUUGCGAGGAAGUGGCUAUGUACACGACGGACAACUUCAAGACCAAAGCGAAGCCCCUCCGAGCCAACAUUGUAGGAUGCUGGUGGGCCAAGUCAUCAGCCAUGUUCACCACCGGCAAAGACGACCUUGAUAAGCAGCGAAUUCUGUGCAUCACGCGAGACAGCUUCUCGCCUCUCAAAUCGGAUCAGCGGCUUUUUAUCUCUGACAACUACUUUGAAAAGAUCGACAACAAAGUCCAGGAAUUCGAGCCCAACAUGGAUACGACCAAGGGCGUGCCUGGUGUUAUCAAUUUGGCUGUCGUAAAGAAAUAUCUGAUGGUUGCAACAUCGUCCCUGAACACGGAUGAGAUGGCCCUGUUCGUGACCGACGACACUCUCAAGUGGCAUCGCGCCAUGUUCCCCGCUGCGCAUGGGCAUAAGAUUAACCAAGAAGCCUACACUGUCUUGGAAAGCACCAACUAUAGCAUUCAAGUUGAUGUUGUGAACACCGGAACCUCCAACCCCAUGGGUGUCAUGUUCACAAGUAACUCCAAUGGCACUUACUUCAUUGAGAAUAUUGAACAUACGAACCGUAACAGCAAAGGCCACGUUGACUUCGAGAAGGUCACUGGUGUCCAGGGAAUCUUUAUUGUCAACACUGUGAAGAACUGGGAGGAAGUAGAAAAGAAUCAUAGGGCCGAAAAAGAAGUUGUGACCAAGAUCACAUUCGAUGACGGCCGGAAUUUUCAUGAUUUGAAGGCAGGCGAUGACAAAAUCCACUUGCACUCGGUUACGGACCUUGACAACGUGGGUAGAGUCUUUUCCAGUCCCGCUCCUGGGUUUGUUCUCGGGAUCGGAAACACUGGCAAGUCUUUGAAGAAGUUUGGUGAAGGCGACCUCUACGUUUCAGACGACGCUGGUGUGACAUGGAAGAAGGCCUUGGACGGCCCUCAUAAGUACGAAUUUGGAGAUCAGGGUUCUGUCCUGGUCGCUGUCAAGGAUUCCAACAAGGAAGAUGUAAGUGAGGUAAGCUACUCGCUUGACCACGGUGAGACGUGGAAGAAGACUUCAUUCCCGGACGAUCUCCGCAUCAAGCCCGAGCUCCUCACUACAACCCAAGAUUCCACAAGCCUCAAGUUCCUGCUUGUUGGAAGAACUGGAGCCGGCGACACUCCCAACUUUCAUCUUAUCGCCUUGGACUUUGAGGGCCUGCACGAGCGCACCUGCAAAGACGACGAUAUGGAAGAUUGGCACGCCCGGCCCGAUGAUGAUGGCAAGCCUACGUGCUUGAUGGGCCACAAGCAAACCUAUCGGCGCCGCAAGAAGAAGGCCGACUGCUUUAUCAAGCAGGAAUUCAAAGACCCGGUCCCAGUUACCGAAGACUGCGAAUGCACGGAUGCCGACUUCGAGUGUGACUAUAACUUUAUCAGGAACGGUGAUAAAUGUGACAAGGCAGGGCCAAUCGUUGCCCCUGAUGGAGCUUGCAAGAACGACAAGCCCGACACCACCUUCAAGGGCUCUUCUGGCUGGCGCCUGAUUCCUGGAAACACUUGCAAGCGUAAGAGUGGCGCCCAGAAGGAUGAUCUCGUAGACCGAAAGUGUUCUGACACCACUACACGUCCGAGCGUUCCUGCUGAUGGCAAGGUUAAGGCGAGCCAGCACGUCUUCGAGACGAAGAUGAAUGACUUCGAGAAGAUUUACCUAGAGCGUGGUGAAACCAACAAGGAUGCCGACGAAACCAUCAUUGUUCGACCUGUCGAAUACGGUCGUGACGGUUCUAUGAGUGUCGACAAGCGGAUCUGGCGGACCAAGGACCAUGGCAAGACGUGGGAUAGGAUACUUGAGGACGAGAAUAUUCGAGGCAUCUACCCACACUACUAUUUCAAGGAUGCCGUUUUCUUCACAACUGACUCCAAGAAAGUCAUAUAUACCAUUGACCACGCUGAGCACUUCCAUCACUUCGACGCGCCUUCUGAACCUGGAUCAGGCAAUCCGUUGUCUUUCCAUCCUGACAAGAAGGAUUGGCUUAUCUGGGUUGGAAAGAAGUGCGAGAAGGUUGACGGAAAGGAGCAAUGCUGGAAGGAAGCGUCCAUUUCUAGGGACCGUGGCGAUAACUGGAAGACAGCCCUGCGUUAUGUCACAAAGUGCGAGUUCACAGGAAAUUCGGCCUACAAGUUCCGUGACAUGCGUCAGAUUGUUUGUUUGGCAAACAAGCGCGAGGACAACGAAAAGGACAACCCGAAGGUCAUCGUUUCUAGCAAGGACUUUUUCGACGAGGAUAAGCAAUAUCACCAGUCAGAUGUCAAGGACUUUGCCACCAUGGCCGAGUUUAUCGUUGUUGCUGCGGAAGACAAGGCAAAGGAUGGACUUCAAGCUCUGGCUAGUUUGGACGGUGUGACUUACGCUCAGGCUCACUUCCCUGUCAACUUCAAGGUUUCCCGCCAAAACGCCUACACCGUCCUGGACAGUUCUACACAUGCCGUGAACCUCUUCGUGGCUACAGAGACUGCCGAGGGCCGUCGCUAUGGAAGCAUCAUCAAAAGUAACUCAAAUGGUACAUCAUACGUCAUGAGUGCGCCCGGAGUCAACUGUAACGACGACUAUUAUGUCGACUUUGAAAAGAUUGGAGGUCUUGAGGGUGUGGCGUUGAUCAAUACUGUGGCCAACCGUGGCAAGCACAGCGAGCCGAAGAAGAUUCAAACCCAGAUCUCGCACAAUGAUGGUGCACAAUGGACUUUCUUGCCUCCGCCUCAAAAGGACGUCAAGGGCGACAACUACAAGUGUAGCAGUAGGGAAGGCGAUGAGAAGUGUGCUCUUCACCUGCACCACUACACUGAAAGAGCCGACAAGAAGAAGACAUUUUCCGCAGCCACCGCUGUGGGGCUGAUGUUCGCCAACGGCAAUGUUGGCGAGAGCCUGACUGCCAUCAAGGACGCGGACACAUUCAUGACAACAGAUGCCGGUAUCACAUGGCAGAAUGUGAAGAAGGGGGCUUGGACUUGGCAAUACGGCGACCAAGGCUCUAUCGUUGUGCUUGUUCAGCGCGCUAGCCGUGAGCAUCCUGUUAAGACGAACAUGCUUUCAUACACUUUGGAUGAGGGAAAAACUUGGAAGGAUUUCACUUUUACUGAGAAGGAAGUCACUGUCUUGGACAUCACCACACUUCGUUCUGGCGCGUCUCGAAACUUCCUAAUCUGGUGCAAAUCUGGCGAUGGCGAAAUGUUUUCCGUCAAUGUCGACUUCACUGGCUUGGCCGACCGUCCUUGUAAGAACGAUGAGAAUGGCGACUCUGACUACUACACGUGGUCACCGAAGCACCCGUUGCAGGCCGACAACUGUCUUUUCGGACAUGUUUCGAAGUAUCUGCGCAAGAAGGAUGACCGGAACUGCUACAACGACGGCAGAGUUGACCACCUCUACCAGCUUCAAAACUGCACUUGCACGAGAGCUGAUUUCGAAUGUGACUACAACUUCGAACUCGACAACCAUAAGCAGUGCAGUCUUGUCGAGGGCAAGUCUCCGAUCUCUUCAGAGCAGUGGUGCAAGGAAAACCCCGAUGCCGUCGAGUAUUUCCAGCCUACCGGGUAUCGCAGAAUUCCUCUUACUACUUGCGUUGGUGGCCAGGAACUUGACAAGCAAUCCCAAGCCCACCCUUGCGCCGGCAAGGAGGAAGAAUUUGAAAGACGGCGCGGAACUUCCGGGAUUGCCAUUUUCUUUGCCGUUGUCAUUCCUAUCGGAUUGGCAGCUGCUGUCGGCUGGUGGGUAUACCACAACUGGAACGACAAGUUUGGCCAGAUCCGUCUGGGUGAGUCGCCGAGCCUGGAUGGCGACGCGCCGUGGGUCAAAUACCCUGUCAUCGCUCUGUCGGCUGUCGUCGCCGUUGUCUCGGCGCUGCCGCUUGUCGCUUCCGCCGUGUGGCGUAGCGCGACCUCUGCUUAUGAGAGGGUGAGCGGCGGCAGCAGAGGCAGCUGGCUGUCUGGACGGGGCAACCGCAGGUUUACGACAAGAGACAGCUUUGCUCGUGGCAGAGGCGACUAUGCCAUCGUAGACGAUGACGAGGGCGAGCUCUUGGGCGACGAUAGUGAUGAGGAGGUAUGA